GCACGCCCUGCCGUGGGCAGACGCUCAGGUAUUUAAACGCGGAGUGCGGUUUGAUUCUUGUGACGUUCGGGAGUCUGAAGAUGCGCAACUUGUUGAUUUCUUUCAUUUUCGGGAUCGCCCUCUCCGAAGAAUGCAAGCGGUUUCGUAGAGAGAAGAAUGUAGCUCCAUCAGGCCAGGCAGUCCAGUCAUCUACUUACAACUCAUUUGGCAGUGCUGAGAAUGCCAUUGAUGGCUCGAGAAAGAACCUAUUCAACCUCAAGACCUGCAUCCUCUCACAGUAUGAAAUUGGGCCAUGGUGGAGAGUUGAUCUGCAGAACUACUAUCGCGUGUCUGCAGUCACUAUUGUCCCAUUGGCCAUGUGGUACAGCAUGAUUGUGGGUGCUGAAGUCCGUGUUGGAAACUCGCUCAUUGGAAAUGGAAACAAAAACUACAUGUGUGGCACUGUUAAUGCCACUUCCAGCGGCUCAUUCCCUACAGUGUGCUGCCAUGGAGUAGUUGGUCGCUAUGUGAAUGUGGUGAUCCCCGAUAAGCCUCAGUACCUGGUGUUCUGUGAGGUGGAGGUGUAUGCAGUCCCAGUUACCUGUGUUCGUUUCUCUGGAGAGAAAAAUGUGGCUCUGAAGAGCAAGGUUUCCCAGUCCUCCGUCUAUGAGCCCCUUAGUCUGGCUAUGAAAGCCGUUGAUCGAAACAAGGACAACAUCUACUCUAAUGGAAGCUGUGCCCACACCCGGUAUGAUUACAAUGCUUGGUGGAGGGCAGACCUGCAGGCAAGUCACAUAGUCUCCGAAGUCACAGUUUUCAAUAGGAGAGACUGCUGCCACCAGAGGCUGCAGGGGGCUGAAAUCCACCUUGGAGACUCCGUGUUGAACAAUGGAAGAGACGGCUACAGGUGUGGCAUAAUCACCUACACUGCUCCUGGUUCUGUGCACACCAUCUGCUGUAAUGGGCGAAAGGGGCGCUACCUGACCAUAACCAUUCCGGGGCGCCAAGAGUAUCUCACUCUGUGUGAAGUGGAGAUUAAUGGACUGCCUAUUCCUCCUUGUCUCCCAAACUACUAUACUGAGUCCAACGUGGCCUUAAUAGGAAAAGCCACCCAGUCCUCCACACUGGACAGCCUGGGUGUAGCUGAUCAUGGUAUCAAUGACAACUACAGCCCUCACUACUUCAAAAGUGCCUGUACUAGCACUCGCAAGGAGGCCCGGCCCUGGUGGCGAGUGGAGUUACCAGGGAGGUAUGCCAUUACAACAGUGAUUGUUGUGAACCGUGGUGACUGCUGCCCAGAACGUCUGAAUGGUGCUCAGGUCCGUGCAGGUGAAUCCCAGGAGGACAAUGGCAACGUCAACCCCAGGUGUGGAACGAUUGCUAAUGCCUCCCGAGGCACCUACCACUACUUCUGCUGUUGUGGGAAGAAGGCUCGUUAUAUCAACAUUGUUCUCCCUGGAAGGUCACGAGUCUUGUCUAUGUGCAAAGUUGAUGUCUCUGGAGUUCCUGUUGCUGAAGAUUGUCCUCGCAUUCCUGGAGACAAAAAUGUUGCUUUGAGGGGUGAAGCCACUCAGUCCUCAACAUACAGUGGUCUUGGGGAAGCAGGCAAUGCCGUAGAUGGAAGCUGGAAUGCUUACUUGUUUCAGUCCUCUUGCACCCUGACACGGUACCAACAGGCCCCCUGGUGGAGGGUGGACCUGCAUGGCAAGUACCAGGUGUCAGCAGUGCUAAUUAGGAACAGGCAGGACUGCUGUAAGAAUAGGCUGGAGAGAGCAGAAGUUCAUCUAGGAAGCUCGCUGGUUAACAAUGGCAACAGCAACUACAGGUGUGGCAUCAUUCAAUCAACCUCUCUAGGCUCUAUCCACCUCAUCUGCUGUGGAGGGCAAGUGGGCCAGUAUGUGAAUGUGGUUUCACCAAAGACUGUGUUCCUCACCCUCUGUGAAGUGGAAGUCUAUGGAGUACCAGUGCCCAAGUGCAGACGCUUCAGAAAGGAGAAGAACCUGGCUCUCCUGGCUCUGACAUCUCAGUCGUCCACCUACGAAGCGGCUGGCCAAGCCAGUCAUGCCAUAGAUGGGAACCGCAGCCCCUACUACAUUAUGAAGAGCUGCACUCACACGCUUUAUGAAGUGUCUCCCUGGUGGCAGGCUGACCUGCGGAUGUCUGUGCAUGUCUCGGCCAUUAAAGUGGUUAACAGACGGGACUGUUGUCACAAGCGCCUGGUUGGUGCUGAGGUGCGGUUGGGGAAUUCUCUGGCUGCUAAUGGCAAUGCCAAUUACAGGUGUGGUGUUAUUUCUGUCGCAUGGCCUGGCUCAGUCCACACCCUCUGCUGUAAUGGCAGAAAAGGAAGGUAUGUCAAUGUAGUCAUUCCUGGAAAAGAGAAGAACAUCCUGACCUUGUGUGAGGUGGAGGUAUAUGCUGUGUGCCCACCCAAGACUUGCCCACGAUUCUGGAAUGAGACUAACGUGGCUCUAAAGGGUGCAGCGAAUCAGUCUUCGACUUUCAGCCCAACGGGUCUGGCAAGCAAUGCCAUUGAUGGGAACCAGAAUCCCAACUACUUCAGCUGGUCUUGCUCUCAUACCCAGAAGAACUUUGGCCCCUGGUGGCGCCUUGAUCUGAAGACUAGGUUUCGUAUCAGCUGGGUUCUGAUUGUGAACAGACAGGACUGCUGCUCUGAGAGGUUGGAGGGGGCAGAGGUGCUAAUUGGAGAUGGGCUCCUGGAGCAGACUGAUGAAAAUAUCUGGUGUGGGACAGUUGAAAAGGUGUCCCCAGGAUCCAUUCAUAAACUCUGCUGCUAUGGCAUCAAGGCUCGUUUUGUGAAUAUCAUCAUUCCAAACCGAGAAGAGUAUCUCUCUCUCUGUGAGGUGGAAGUCUAUGGUGUUCUCCCUCUUCACAAUCUGGGAGAAAGUGAACAGUUCCUGAGGGAACAGGUGAUUGGAUCAAUACAGCCUUCCAGUGCAGACAGGCCUGCACUUCCGGACUCCCAGAAUGCCGUUUCAUCAAAGUCCAGUAUACAGAGGCUUGUCUCUGCCUUGAAGCCUGGUUCCUUGGAAGACCAUACACCACCUAGAAAUGAGCAAGAUGGUCAACCCAGAUGAGAGGUUUUCACAUUCCUUAAAGUUAUAAAGGUAAACCAGCUGGUGCCAAAUGUGAAACUCAACUGGAAACUUGAAUAAAACUUUUACUGGACUUCAA